GGGAGAGGGGAAAGAGAAACACGCUCUUGGGGUUGGCAGAACGCGAUUCCUCAGUCGGGAUGCCGGCCGCGUAUCCUCUCGUCCAUUUGGUACCGUGAUGUUUAGUGAACGUGUGAAGCGUGUUCUAGGGACCAUUGGGAACCGUUCGCGGUUCUUCACCACGGUUUUCCUGGUUUCGACGUUCGCAGCGAGUGUUUGGACGGAUAAUACCACCGGUUCCGAGGGACCGAGCUUUACCGUACCAAUAACGAACGUGACGAUCCCAAUGGGCAGAGAAGCUGUACUCGCUUGCGUCGUUGCGAAUCUUUCUACCUACAAGGUAGCAUGGUUGCGAGUGGACACACAGACAAUUCUAACGAUAGCAAAUCACGUAAUUACGAAGAAUCAUAGGAUCGGAGUAACGCACACCGAGCGGAAAACGUGGCAUUUACACAUACGCGACGUGAGCGAAUCCGACCGAGGUGCCUACAUGUGUCAAAUAAACACCGAUCCGAUGAAGAGCCAGACUGGUUACUUGGAUGUUGUAGUUCCGCCCGAUAUUUUAGACUACAUGACAAGCACCGACAUGAUAGUCAGAGAAGGCAGCAACGUUACAUUACGCUGCGCUGCUAAGGGAUCCCCGACUCCGAAUAUUACUUGGAGGCGGGAGGACGGAGACACCAUAGUUCUUGGGAAUGGCGAGGACGUGAGAACUGUAGAGGGAUCUGUCUUCAAUAUCACUAAGAUAAACCGAUUACAAAUGGGCGCGUAUCUGUGCAUCGCUUCAAACGGUAUACCACCUACCGUCAGUAAAAGAAUAAUGCUAACAGUACAGUUCAGUCCGAUGAUUUCGAUCCAAAAUCAAUUGGUCGGAGCGCAGGAAGGCCAGAGGAUGACGUUGGAAUGCAAUUCCGAAGCUUUCCCAAAGUCGAUCAAUUACUGGACGAAAGAAAACAACGAAAUUAUAAAAAAUGGAGAAAAAUACAACCAAACGCUUUCGUAUAAUGAAUACAGAGUACAUAUGAGACUCACGAUAUUAUCGGUGGAAAUGUCCGACUAUGGGACAUAUAAAUGCAUAUCAAAGAAUUCUCUGGGGGAAACAGAUGGCAGCAUUAAGCUCUAUCAUAUUCCAACACCAACGACACAGCCGAGAACUACGACCACUACUCCAGCUCCCACUAGCGAAGAAGUUGAAAAUAUUCAGAAUUCGCGGCAGAGGCCAGAGCCAAGCGUGGAACCUAGUCUGCAUGAAAUAACCGAUUCGUCGCUGCCCAAUAUCGGUAGGACCGAUGAUUUACGGCUUCAUGGUAGGGUGAGCAGCGGCAGCUACAACGAUGCUGAAAACACUGUGGCAACAAAAGAACGAAAAAGCAUCGACGGCGAGGUACAAAGAAUCGACAACACGGCGCAAUCGAUGUCAUCCAGGGGUUCUAGUUCGAAUUUUCUGAUACAAUCUACAGCAGCCAUCUGCAUAAUCCUACUAUCUGCCCUGUCGUAGUCACGUCAGUGUCUGCCAACGAAAAAGAACGGUUAUUCGUGGAAAAUCCUUCGGGGAUCAAGAUUCGUCCUGUUCAUCGUCAUUUAUCUCAUCCGCGAAAGGGAUCAAUUAAUGGGUGUGCUUCGAUGCCGCAAAUUUAUCGACAACCAUUGCCUUUGCCGUCGUUUUUGCGACUGACGUCAACGAAACAAUUCGUUCUCGCUCGAGAUUUUUGCCAUUACGUUCGCAAUAGUAGAGACGAUUAAUGAAAUUUUCUAGUAAUACGUUCGGACACCGUUAUCAUCGGAUAUCCGGCGAUACUUGGCUAUAACUUUUCGUAUUCCCGAAAGUUCGUCGAUUCUUGAACUUGACGAACUUGCGUCUGUUUAAUUAUCCUUCAAUCUCUUUACCUUAAACCAAGCAUAAUAAAUUGUUCUUCUUUGAGUCGCUCGCUUUGAAAAUGCGAAUCAGAAUUUUUUCUUUUGACUAAUUUAUUUACGAAACGUAAUUUUUGCAUCAGCUAUUUCGUAGCUGUGGCUUGCGAUCAAUUAUUUCUCGUAAUUCUUGUUUACUUACAACGUGUGCUCAACUUUCACAAAUGAACAGAAUUAAAGAUACAAGAUAUUUUAUAUGCUCUAUAAUGAAACUAAUUGUUCUACCAAGGAGAGAAACUUUUAUAUAAAACUUAUUUGCGUUGAUACUUAAUGAAAAUUCAUUAAAAAUAUGCCACAGUUAGAAAGCAUUCGGGAUUAAUAUUUAAUAAUGUUGACGUUCUCGUUCCUCUCGUUCGAUAAAGAAACUACAUUUAUCCCGAUUAAGCAACGAAGACUUUUGAAUAAUUCAGCAAAUGACAACUCAUAUAUUUUUAAUUGUCUAAAAUGUUAACUAAUUGUUCUACUUAACUGUCA